UGGAAAGAUCGACCAGGCGAACUGUCCCUUUCUAUUGUGGGUAAAUCCCGUCUUACUGCAACAAAUAAAUUGUUCUGUGCUAUCUUUACACCACAUAUUGCACACACCAUCACUAUCAUCCCUUCAAGGUCGGAGUCUUUUCUAUUAUCUCUCCAUUUAUUGUAGCUUCUUGGAAAACACCCAACCAGAAGCGGCCAUACAUAUAUCCACCACUCUCUUUUAGUUUCUUCUCUUUCCCUCCGGCUGUUCAUCACUUCCGUGCUUCCCCCCAUUUCUCCCUUCCACCAUUCGCAUGUGUAUAUACCUUCAAACGACAUAUAUAUAAUAUGGAGCAUUCCAACAGUAACUCGUCAUCGGAUCACAACGACGCUCCAGCAGUAACGACAACGACGGUUUCCCGAGAUGAUCUCUUAACUGACGCACCACCAGUGACGGAAUUAUCUACCAAACACAACCAAAUCUCCCGCAAUUACGAUAUGCUUACUUCGAACAGCGUUUUAAGAGACAACAACGAUGCCGGUGUCGUUUCUAGUAGCGACGACAACGACGACGACGGUUGCUAUAGUGACAAAGAUAAAAAAGCCCCUGUCAACAAUCCAGCUGUGAUAGCUCCGCGCCCAGAAGGAGGCAAAUGUACCACGACGACGACUGCUGGCGAGGAGAAAGACGGUAAAAAUACUAAUGGUUGCGCGGGCCAACACAACAGCACCAGCAGCAACGUUGCACAAAUUGAACAACCCCCAUCACCUCCGAUAACAUUGUUGUCAUCUUCGACUCUUGCUGUUGUUGGUGCUGAUGAGAAAUCAGAUGCUGAAACGUCUACACCAACAACAGUACUCACAGAAGCUUCGUUGGCGAAGCAAAAUGAAAUGAUGGCCGAGCAAGAUGCAAAGCCAUCGGCCAUCCCUGUAUCGUCAUCCAACGCCAUCCGUGCCUGGGCAGCUACGCUUCCGGAGAUCCCUGACUCUGUGCAGCAUACCCCUAUGGGUCCGUCACAUAUAUUCGAGCUCCAAUCGUCGCCGACGCCAUCACCACACCACCGUCAAGACUCUAAUGAAGAGAACUGCAGUGAUGGAAAGACUUAUGAUGAUGAAGAUGCGCAUGAUAGCCCUGAACCCCAGAUACAAGAAACCAAAGACGUGUUUACUGAUACACAAAAAAUCGCAUACGUUGGUCUGUGCGCAGUGACCAGUCUCGAGGUCGUUCAUGAUCUCCAGGGAAAAGACUUUACGUAUGCACGGAUGAGUGCGGACAACUGGCAACGAAAGCUGAUGAGAACGAUAUACAUGCACAUGGAUAUUUCACCAGAAGAAAGGAAAAUGAUUGAAUCCCUUGCUCGACAUGAUAUCCGGCCUACCGAUUUGGUCCAUCAGUUUACGGCACAGGGAGAAACCACGACUGUCAAUAUGGGAGGCUAUCAGGAAGUCCAACAGCCUCGACAACCCAAGAAGCAGGAUGACUUGCAGCAACAAACUGAUAAGGAGUCACGGCAACAGCAGCAUAAUUCCCCAGGAAAAGGGUCUAGAUCAAGUACGGAAACAAAGAAAGAGCCGGUAGAACAAUCGUCAUCAGCACGUGCAACUACAAGUCGACCGACCUCCCCAGUAAUUAACAGCACAGAAACUCAACAAGAAAAAACAGAAAAGAUGUCGAUAGAAAAGAACUCUGAAAGUGAUCACGACGACGAUGAUGAUACCGUUGCGGACAAUAAUAACAGCAACAUAAACAGCAUAGCCCAAGAAUCUGCAUCAACAAGCGAUAACGAAAAAACUGAAUCUUCCGAUAGUAAACAUAAUGAUAACAACAUGAGAAAACCAUUAGAGUCACCACCCGCAAGCACAAACCCUCAACAACGACAAUCCUCCAGCUCCACUACAGCGCCCUCUGAUACCCCAAACUCUGCUGCUGGUGCAGGAGCAACAUCCGUGUUAUCAUCGUCCUCAUCACCACCAUCCUCCUCGUCUUCAUGCAGCGAAACAAACAAUACGGCCGAAGCAGCAGCAGCAGCAGCAGCAAAUGGCGUGGACGGGCAAUUUGUAAUCGACUUGCGUUGGACGGUCAUGUGCGACCUAUUCCUUCUCUGCUUGAGCGCCGAAAACUACGAUACACGCUCCCGAGUGUUUAUUGCUCGCAUGGCCUCCUAUCUUGAAUUAGAUUGGUUCCAGGUGAUCGGCUUUGAGAAGCGCAUUACGGUACAUCUAAUGCAGAACGCAGGGGCUGCUUGGGAAACAGAGACUGUUACGAGUGUCGCCACAACGCAGACAAACAUGACGGAUAUGGUCGAAGUAUCUGUUAGAAAUGAAGUCGAGCGUAAGAGCCGUAACAAGCAAAGACGCAAAAAACGUUACAUCAUGAUUGGUCUGGCAACUAUUGGAGGCGGUUUGAUUCUCGGUUUAAGCGCAGGUCUAAUGGCGCCAGUCAUUGCAGGCGGUAUUGGUACCAUUCUUACAACCGUGGGUGUUACGGGAACAUCCGGUUUCUUGGGAGGAACUGCUGGUAUCGCUUUGAUUACUGGUGGUGCUACCGCUGCUGGUGGAGGCAUUGGAGCUCGAAGUAUGAAAAAGCGAAUGAAGAUGAUUAAUACAUUUGAAUUCUCGCCCGUCACCGUUGAUGAGAGUGUUAGCUGUAUUGUGAGCAUAUCAGGAUGGCUGCCGAAAGGAGCAACCAAAGAUACAGCUGCAUUGCCUUUCAGUACGCUCGAUUCUAUUAUGGGCGAUCAUUAUACAUUGUAUUGGGAUCCAGAAAUGCUUGAAGCGCUGGGCAGUGCGUUCAAGAUUUUUGCCACAGAAGCCGUUGCAUUUUCGAUCCAACAAGCGUUGGCGCAUACCAUCAUGGGCGCACUCCUGGCUGGUCUCGCAUGGCCGCUCGCGCUUACCAAACUUGGCUACCUUGUUGAUAAUCCGUGGAACAACGGUCUUGAUCGUGCCAGGCUGGCAGGGUUGAUUCUUGCCGACUCGCUCAUGAACAGAAACCUAGGUGCCCGCCCGGUGACUUUGGUAGGCUACUCGUUAGGUGCUCGUGUCAUUUUCUACUGCCUGCUGGAACUUGCGCGGGUCAAUGCAUACGGUCUGGUGGAGAAUGUCGCUUUAUUUGGUACACCUGUAAACGCUUCUAAAACACAGUGGAAAGAGUGCACAACGGUGGUUGCUGGUCGCUUUAUCAAUGGUUAUGCAACAAGCGAUUGGCUACUUGGAUUCUUGUUUCGUGCCUCCACAGCCGGUCUAGGCAACGUGGCAGGGUUGCGGCCUUUACAACAUAUCGAAGGCAAUAGGGUUCAGAACGUGGAUUGCACAGAUCUUGUCAAGGGUCACUUGAGCUAUCGUCUGGCAAUGCCCAAGCUUCUGAAGCGUGCUGGUUUUGUGGUCACAUCAGAGGAGUUGCCAGAUCCUGUGAAGGAAAGUGAAGAAGUUGAAGAUGAGUUUGUCAUUGACUUAUCAGGUGCAAAGGAUCUAGAGCAGUUCCGCCCUGCAACAAUGGUACGAGGUUCAUCUGUAUCAUCCUUGACGUCUGGCAAAGCUUCCAUUCAAUACCCACCACCAAAGACCAAAUGCCAUCCGCCACGGACGGCAGCAGAAGUAGCACAACAGCAGCAGGAGCAACAACAAAGAGAACAAGAACAACAAGAACAGUCUUCACCAUCACCACCACAACAAUCGCAGCAAGAAUCCUCACAGCAACAGCAAUCCCCCGAACAGUCACCUAAGAUUACCUUUACUGCUUCUUCAUUGCCUAUCGAUUCGCCCAAAUCCUCCAUGUCUAUGUACCACCUUACAGACGAUACCGCCAUACUCCAGCAACAACAAGAACAACAACACCACCACCAAGCAUGUGUAGCACAAAAGCAAAAUUCCGGCAGUGAAGACAAGACACUUGUUGACGGUGUAUCCGAUCAAGACAUCAUUGCAGAUAUUAUUGCUAAAGCAGCAGCAGUGUCUAAAUCCUCCAACAACUACAGUUCGCUAUCAUCCGGAAGAGCAUCCAUAGCACAGCAUCGCCCCGAUUCCCCUACCAUGACACAGUCAUCCUCUGAUACAACCGCGUCGAUGCGGUUCUCAGCUGCCGUCGAAGACAACAGCAACACCAGUGCGCCAUCGCGGCGCUCAAUAUCAUCUUCUUCACUUUUCAGCAAAUCAUUGCUAUUUAACAAAAACAGGAAGAAAUCAAGUGAAGAACAAGGCCAGCAAGAGCUUUCUGAAGCAGGCAUAGAAGUCAAAGAGCUGAAGAGUACAUUGGGACGGAUGGUUGUACCAGAAGAUGUCGUCAAUCCGAUGCCCAAGUUCAGUUUAGAAAAACCUAACUUUGCACGCGUCAACCGGUGAAAAGGCAUAAUAAAGUCGUUUUUUCUUUUUUCUCUUUUCCUGCUCCAAUAAAAAAUAUACAUUUGUUUGUGUGGAAUACAACUUAAACUCGUG